AUGGCGUCCAUUUCACGAGCAGCUCGCAUCCGCAAUCCAGCACUAUUUAUCUGCGAUCUCCAAGAGAAAUUCCGCACCCCGAUCUACGAAUUCUCCAAACUAAUCCCCACAACCACCAAAAUGCUCAAAGCCAGCGCAGCCCUCUCAAUCCCAACCUUCAUCACGACGCAAAGCCGCUCGAAACUCGGCGACACGAUCACCGAACUCCAACCCCACCUCGAAGGCCCACACAUCCGCGCGAACGUCGACAAAACCCUCUUCUCGAUGAUCACGCCGGAGAUCGACGCCCUGCUACCAAAGGCUCCCUUCAGCGACACCAAGGGGGCCGCGAAUAAACCUCUCGACGCGAUCAUCGUCGGCAUCGAGACGCAUAUCUGCGUGACGCAGACGACGCUGGACCUGCUGGAACGGGGACAUAGGGUGUAUGUGCUUGUGGAUGGGGUGAGUAGUGUGAAUGCGGAGGAGAGGGGGAUUGCGCUGGCGAGGCUGCGGGAUGCGGGGGCGAUCGUGACGAGUAGUGAGAGUGUCUUGUUUGAGAUGUUGGGGGAUGCGAAGCAUGAGCAGUUUCGGGGGGUGAGUGGGUUGGUGAAGGAGAUGAAGGAGGAGACGAAGGGGGCGUUGGAGGUGUUUUCGAGGAUUUGA